ACUAGCAAUGUCUCUGUCAAGGAAAUCGUGCCAGGCCGAGCGCUACUACUCACCACAACUUGGCAUGCCUCUGACACCAUCUCAAUACUCAACAUCUAUGCCCCAAAUGACUAUGGCACCCAACGUGACUUCUGGCAAAGCAUCCAAAACAGAUGGGAGACUGAGGACCUCCCCCAUCUGGACUUUAUGGUUGGGGACUUCAACCUUGUUGAAGACCCAAUAGAUCGAUCCCCUCCCCACGCCGACCCGCAACCCACCGCCGAUGCACUCCGUGACACCCGGAUGACGCUAGGCCUUGUUGCUGCAUGGUGCACCGACAACCCAUCAGAACGACGGUACACCUUCUAUAGCAGUCUUAAUAGAUUCUCUAGGAUAGACAGAAUCUACUCACGCACCAACCACGUACCCAAACUGUCUGAAUGGUACAUGGGCCCAUCAGUCACCCCCACCGACCACAACUUGGUGUCCGUGAGAUACGCACCAGCGAAUGCUCCAUACAUUGGCCCGGGCAGAUGGGCAUGGCCAGCGGGUCUGAUCCACGAGGAAGCCCUCCUACAGCAUAUUACUCAGCUUGGACGUGAAACAGAAGCACAAGUAGAGGCACUGGGGGAUGCACCCGCUGACCCGACCCUCAUCCAGCUGCUCUGGGAGCAGUUCAAGAUUAAAAGCAAAGAAUGUGCUAAAAAACAUGCUAAACUCACACUAGCCAGGAUGAACAAUCGAAUACGCGCCCUGCAAAGGGACCUGGAUGCUGCGAUCAAUGACCCUAACAUGGACACAUCAGAGAAUGCACGCACGAAUGCCGCGAUACUAGAA